CGUCCGGCUAGCUCCAGCUUCCUGUUGUUAGCCUGGUGAGCUAAGACGCUCGGAAGGGACUCGGGUCUGAGGAGCCUCGACCAUCUGAAGGAAAGGAGGUGGGUGACGGGACACCGAACUGUCAUUAGGAAUAACAUCGGUCCGUCCACCGCCCUCGUCCCGGCCGCCCCCGCCCGUCUCCGCCAUGGACCCCCCGAGGACUCGGUCGCUUUCACGUUCUGGCUUUUAUCAUUUCGGCAUGAACAGCAGCGGCGCAACAAAUGGCAACAACACGAACACGGUCGGUAACGGAGCCGUGAUGAUCAACGCCGGCGGAGGGGGGAACUACUCGCAGCAGAGCAACAACCCCGGCUGGGCGACGCACCACGGGGGACGCGUCUACCCGGAGAGCCAGCAGCAAACCCCGGGGAGCUACCUGGGGCCGGGGCCACAGAGGCACUCUUCCAACGGAGCUCACAGACACCAAGGCGCUGGGGGAGUGCUCCACUUCCACCCAGAGAACAUGUGCAGUGAGGACCGCGACAAGAUGGAGGACAGCCCGAGCCCCAAACGCCCGCGUCUGUCCCAGCAGUCCAUGUUGGACCUAAGCACCACCCCCCCCUCCAAUCCCUCCUCUCCCAUUCGUCCUUGGGAGCUCCCGCCCAGCCGCCGGCCACACCCUCACUACAUGCCUGAGAGGUGCCACACACCUGUUCGCAAUCGCCGCAGUCCUCCAAUGAGACGGCAGCGUGGUCGCAGGGACCGCCUCGCCCGCCACCACCACCAUCACCACCACCACCACCACCACCACCCGCACAACCCCCACCCCCACCCCCCCCAUCACCACUACAACAACAACAACGGCGGCGGCGGCGGCAACAACAACAACAGCAACCACCACCUCCUGCCGCACCACCAGCACAGCCUCCACCCCCACCCCCACCACGGCCCGUCGGUCGGCCACCAGGACGAGAACUACCGGCUCCCGGCCCCCCCGCCCAGCUACGCCCCGCCCUACAGCCAGACCCCCCGGGAGGAGCGGCCUGGCUACCACCCCCCCAACCUGUCCCCGCGGCCCCUCCACCACUCCCCCACCCUGUCCCCCCGCCUGCUGCACCACCCCCACCACGGCCAGCAGAGCAGCAUGGUGCUGGACCUCCACGAGCAGGGUUCUCCUCCGGUGUCAUACCCCAUGUCUCCACCGGGGGCGCCGCCGGGCCUGCCCCCCCGCUCCGCCCCCCAGCAGCUGCCAGCGUGUUCGGUGGUCUUCAGCGGACAGCACUACCCGGUCUGCAACAUCCCCCCUCCUCCGGUCCUCCAGACCUGCUCGGUGCAGCACCUCCCCGUGCCCUACCCCUUCCCCUCGCUGCUCUCCAGCGACCCGGCCUUCCUCCUCCCCUCUCCCCACCUCCAGCACCCCCCGACCCACCACCACCACCACCACCACCUCUCCCACCACCCCCCCCACCUCGCCCAGCCCGCCCAGUUCGGACCCUACCCCACCCAGCAGGCACGCUCGCCGUUGCAGCGGAUCGAGAACGAGGUGGAGUUGCUGGGCGACCACCUGUCCCUGGGGGCGGGGCUCCACUACCCCUCGCCGCCCCACCCCGCCCUCGCCACGCAUUCCGCCCAGCUCCACUUCCUGUCCCACGACCCGCUGCCGCAGGAGUUCUUCGGCGUGUCGUAUCCAAACUUCAUGCCCCGGCGGAUCCAGGGCCGACGGUACCGCUCCCAGCAGCCACUGCCGCCCUCGCCUUACCACCCCAGCUUCCUGCCUUACUUCCUGUCCAUGCUGCCCGUCCAGACCACCGGCCCGGCCAUCAGCCUGGAGCUGGACGUGGACGACGGGGAGGUGGAAAACUAUGAGGCCCUGCUGAACCUCGCUGAGCGGCUGGGCGAGGCCAAGCUGCGGGGCCUGACCAAGGGGGACAUCGAGCAGCUGCCGUCCUACAGGUUCAACCCCAACAACCAGCAGUCUGAGCAGACGCUGUGUGUGGUGUGUAUGAGUGACUUUGAGUCUCGCCAGCUGCUCCGGGUCCUGCCCUGCAGCCACGAGUUCCACGGCAAGUGUGUCGACAAGUGGCUCCGGGCCAACAGGACGUGCCCCAUCUGCCGUGCCGACGCCUCGGAGGUGCAGCGUGACUCUGAGUGACCACCAGGGGGAGACUGACACUGUUACUGUCCGUCACAUUUCAUCACUGCCCCAGUGAUCUCCCUCGC